AUGCCACUUUUUCUCCUGAUGUUGAGCAAAAACUCUUAUCAAAAACAACUAUCGAAACAUGAAUUUGUAAGACAUACCGAAACUAUAUGCUUACCUUUUGUUGGACAAAACCAAUCCAAAAACGCGCCACGGCUCUCUCGUAAGGAUCCUCCGGAAGUAAAGCGGGCCCACGAUCGGGCCAGGCCUCCUCAAUAUACUCGAGUAUCACAUCCGACUCAGCCACCGGCCGGCCACCGUGGACUAGAACCGGGACCUGCUUGUGAACCGGGUUGUACUCCAAAAGAGAAGGGCUCUUAUUGGACAGUGAUCUCACAAGUUCAGUGCAAGAAUUGCCAGUGA